AUGCCCGCGUCGACGAGACAAUCUACGACCGUCAAGAUAGUUAUUCCUCGCCCACAACUCCCUCUCGACCAUAUCAAUCCCAACCUCAAAUCCGUCGAUCUAUCAAGGCCGCCACAGGUCAAGUUCCAGGAGAUCAUCCGCGAAGGUCAUGCUACCGUCGUUGGUCGGAUUAAAAUACCGACCCCCAAUGGCCACGCGUUCAUCCUCCGCAGGCUAGAUACCGGCGCCAUCAGCCAGACCACCAUGUUCCGCGCCGCAUUCCCUACCGCGUCGGAGGACGCCGAGCGCGUCGAGUCCGCCUGGGUCAAGACCAGCUACGACAUCGCGGGCGCGAACAGGUCCGGCAAGGCGCGCUUCGCAGGCACAUGGGUCAACCCCGACGUCGCCCUCGCCCUCGCCGACGCCUACUCCCUCGGCCCCGUCAUCCCCGCGCUCGCCCAGGCCACCCCUGAACCCGACGCGAGCUAUCGCCGCUCCUCCAAGACCCAGCAGUCCGUCCCGAGCUCGCCCUCCGUCGCGCCGAAGCUGCCCACCCCGCCCCAGAGCGUCGCCACCCCGAACCCCGCGAAGCGCCGCCGCGAGUCGUCGCCCUCGCAGGCGACGCCCGCGGCCCCGCCGACACCCGCAUCCGCGCGCACGACCGUCUCCCCGGGCCCGCGCCGGUCUGCGCGCCUGAAGAGCCCACCGCCUCCGCACAUGCCCACGCUUGUCUCGGCUGCGAUCCCGAAGACGCCCAAGAGCGUGAAGGCCGCGCGCGUGGGGGUGCUCACCCCAGCAGGUUCGGACGAAACGAUGGUGGAGGACGAGUCGAUCGAGGUGACGAAGGUGGCAGUGCCGAACAUGCUCGAAGACAUCCGGGAGCAGCGUGAGCUUAUUGCUCGGCUCAAGGCAGAGCGGGAGGCGGAGCAGCAGGCGAUGGAGGAGAAAGAAAAGGAGAAGGGGGAGGAGAAAGAGAAGGAGAUCAUGGUAGUCUCGACGUCCGAUGAGGGGGAGGUGGAGAUGGGAGACGCGCAAGGGGAGCGUGUGGGGGUGAAGCGAACGAGGGAGGAUGAGGAGAAGCCAUUGGCAUUCAAUUUCCCGGAGGGGACACCGCAAAAGGUCGAGCGCGCCAUCGCUACUAACCGGAGAGUCAGGCUGCUGUCGGAUCUGCCACCGCAGCGCAAGUCUCUCGCAUGGGGUGCACUGGCUUUUGCUGCGGGCUUGGGCGCAAUGUCACUCUUGCCGAAUCUACAGCAACUUCUCUUCUGA